AUGUCUGCCGACCUCGACGGAGACUCCGAAAUGCUAUCCUCCUCCGAGUCCGCCUCACCGGCUGGCGCCCGUACACCGACAUUCGAUAAACCAGCAGCAGAACUCUCGCCGCCUGGUUCACAGACAGCAUCUCAUCAUGAGAGCGGCGGCGCAUCUCUCGGCUCACCCUUUACUUCUUCGCUGAAUAAACUAGCUGCAGAUCGUGCUACUGCUGCUACCGCCACUGGCACGUCAUCGCAGGUCAAAGAAGCGCCUGGCGCGUCGUGGAAUAACCAGCGAGCACAGGAGGAGUAUAAUCGGGCGUUGGAAUCUGUUGUUGACAAUGAUUUUAGUCUGCCUAUUGACUGGAGCGACUUGUUUCGAUACGCUAUGAAUUUUACGCUGCAUCGAUACCUCGAGACGAAAGAAACAACACAGCAUUCUUCGCGUGCCCCCCAUUCCUGGAUCCAUAUCCCCGCAAGCAAGACCCAAUUGCUGUCUAGAAAUUGGGAAUACGUACAGCGGGCAUUUCAAGCAUUCCAUUCGGACAAAUCACACCGCGCGAGUGCGUGGUUGGUGGUAAAUAUGAAGGACGUGCUUCUAACAGGCAUGGCCACAGCAGCGGCCGUUGCAUACCCACAGCCAGCGUUGCCAACAUACAUUACGCAAAUUACAAACCAGAUCAGCUUCGCGCCAACUGCGCCUGCGACAACAGUAGUCCUGAAAGCCUGGGAACGGCAACCAUCGACGGCAUUUCUGCCGCGCCAUAAAUCGCGCAAGAUUUGGAAACGGUUCAGAAAGAGUAUGGAAGCGCUUCGAGAGCGGCGCAUAGUUGCACCAGUGCCGAGUCGCAUUGAAGAAAGCGAGUUCGCAAAGGAAAUCAGUCAAUCGGCAAAUGCAGAAUAUGUUCGCGCAGUCAAGCGACAGCGACUACAACAUGACAACAACGAGCAGGAUGCAGAUGCAGAUGCACAAGCACAGACGGAGCGGGGUCGGUCCUUUUUGGAGACCAAAUGGGAGUUGGAGACUGGGAAGAGAAAACGCAAAUUGGUCGCCCUUCCUGAAGACUUGGAGGACGAGGGGCCAUCGGCCGUUGCCAGCCACGACGCUGAAAAUGAGGCGGAAGAUAAUAAGCAUGUUGCGCACCCAUUGGAGGAGAGUUCACAUGCUGUCGUGCUAUGCACAAAUCCCGAAGUGGGAGAGAGUGGUGCCAGCGAAGAUGAUGACGCCGACCAUAGCGCCGUAAUUUCUGAGAUUGUUGAUCUUGCGGGCGAAGCACCAAGUAACGAGGCAGCGGCAGAAGUGCGAGAACUUAUCGUAAAACAAGAGCCAACCUUGGUGCGGUCAGCACUGCGCAUGAACUCUCUUGACGGCGAGGACGCUGCGCUACUUACUGAAUUCUUGUCGCGGGCCCAAGCGAAACGCGCGGCCAACGCUGCGAUGGUGUCAAACGAAAGUAAGAGUAAUGACAGGAACAGGGAGGAACAGCAGCAGAUGGCAGCGACACUGAGCUCGCCAGCAGUGCAGUCGCGGCGUGUGCUCGAAGAGUUGGAUGUCAAUUCGCCGUCGAUUCAGAAACAAGUCGUAUUGACCCCGGUCAAGGCUGAAAAGUUGCCAGAAUCCCCUGAAGCCUCAGAGCCGAGUCAAGGUCAGACAUUCUCGCCAACGAUCGCGUGUCGCCGCAGCACUCGCACGAAGCCUUCGAGAGCUCACCAAACACGCAGUCUGCGACCAGCGGUACCAAACCAGAUUCCAGUGCGACGCGCCAAUGGCACUGAAUUUGUGUUUCUUCAACGAACAGAAGCCCAGGAGCUGGCGCUUACAACUCGUAAAAACACGCGCCGCAACAAGGGGAAUUCGGUGCUUCCCAAGUACGUGUUACAAGCCUUGGGCAAACAAGAGCGCGGCGAUGAAACAAUGCUAUUUAUGCCAAUUGAAGAAGAAUUUUCACAACACCAACGGUCGCCGCGGAAACAUGCCAAAUCCAGACAAGUAUUGUGGAGGGAUGACAAGCUCGUCGAAUAUGCACCGGAGAAGAUAUACCAAACAUCUGAGUCUCCAUCUCCGGGGAAGAAGAAAUCUCGACGUGAGGGAAGCAAAAUCAAGCAAGAGACCACUACAGCACCCGCCCUACCAGCUACGCCAAUCAAGAAAGUGCGCAAGAUCAACAUGGCAGCAAUGAAUAGUAGCAAUAGAGACAUGACGGCUAACGCAAACUCGACGGCCAUCAGCACCAAGCCCCUGGCUGCUGGCACACCGAUUCCGAAGCGCAAAAAGCUGACUCCUAGAGUGCCACGGGGCUCUACCACCAGUACUACUGCUACUGCUGCUACAGCAAGCACCGCGGAGUUGCCCUCUCAUCAUUCGUCCAAAACUGCUUCUUCUGCAACAACAACGAAUAAGCAGAGCAGCGCUAUGUCAAGCAGCCAGCACAUAUCACAGAAAGUCAGUGGCAUUCCUAGGAGUAGCAGUCUCGUCAAAGCACCGGGGUCAUCCUCAGCGGGUGCGACGCCCAUGGUAAAACGGGUGCGUGCAAGGAGAACUGCUGUUUAA